CAUUUUAUUUUUAUUUUUAAUUAGUACAUUUCUUCUUCCGUGUUUUAUUUUCUGUUUACCCAUUUCAGGGACAAAUCUCUCUCCUUUUUCUUCAUCUAUUCCUUCUGAUUUCCCUAUUUUUCUGAUUUUCUUCUUCAGGCUUUGGUUUUUCCAGAUUAUCUUUUCAAAUUCGCGGCUCUUCAAGUGGAAUUUUUAUUUGGGAUGGACUAUUUUUUCUUCUUCUUGUUGUUACUACUUGUGUUUUCGGCUUCAUAGUGCAAGAAUUUGCAUCCUGCAAAGUGAACAAGCUGUGAUACUCUGAUGAAGUGUGGUGAUUGUAAGGUAUUGUGAGUGUAGCAUUCUGAAUUGGAGGUGGAAUUUUUGGUUGGAUUAUGGAUCCUGUAAGAGGUGUGGGUAGUGUUGUGGGGACUGUGCUGAUUCCCAUGCGGUUUGUGUGGCCUUAUGGUGGUAGGAGUGUUUUUCUCAGUGGUUCUUUCACAAGGUGGUCUGAACUUUUGCCAAUGUCUCCGGUGGAAGGUUGUCCAACAGUGUUUCAAGUUAUUUAUAGAUUGCCCCCUGGUUACCAUCAGUACAAGUUUUUUGUUGAUGGGGAGUGGCGGCAUGAUGAGCAUCAACCUUAUGUACACGGACAAUAUGGGAUAGUCAACACUGUCUUAUUGGCAACUGAUCCUAACUACAUACCUGUUAUAAAUUUAGACAUUGCUCCUGGUAGUAACAUGGACGUGGAUGAGACUUUUCGCCGCGCGGUAACACAGGUUCAGGUGACAGAAGGUACAUUGAGUGAGGUGCUUCCAAGAAUAUCAGAUGCUGAUGUACAGGUCUCUCGUCAGCGUAUUUCUGCAUUUCUGUCUAUGCACACAGCUUAUGAAUUACUUCCCGAGUCAGGCAAGGUUGUUGCAUUGGAUGUUGAUUUACCAGUGAAACAAGCAUUUCAUAUAUUGCAUGAGCAGGGAAUAUACAUGGCUCCUCUGUGGGACAUGUGCAAGGGACAGUUUGUUGGUGUUCUCAGUGCUUUGGAUUUCGUCUUAAUUUUAAGGGAGUUAGGGAAUCGUGGGUCUAAUCUGACAGAAGAGGAGCUUGAAACACAUACCAUAUCGGCUUGGAAAGAAGGAAAAUCAUAUCUAAACAGACAGAACAAUGGACAUGGAAUUGCAUUUUCUAGGCAUCUUAUUCACGCAGGACCGUAUGAUAAUCUGAAAGACAUUGCCAUUAAGAUCUUGCAAAAGGAGGUUUCAACAGUUCCUAUUAUCCAUUCAUCUUUUGAAGAUGGUUCUUUUCCGCAGUUACUUCAUCUUGCUUCACUGUCAGGAAUACUCAAAUGCAUUUGUAGGUAUUUUAGGAAUUGCUCUAGUUCAUUGCCUAUACUGCAACUUCCAAUAUGUGCAAUACCUGUUGGCACAUGGGUGCCCAAAAUCGGGGAAUCAAACCGGCGGCCUCUAGCAGUAUUGAGACCGAGCUCUUCUCUUGCUUCAGCGCUAAAUUUAUUAGUUCAAGCACAAGCAAGUUCAAUACCAAUUGUUGAUGAUAAUGACUCAUUGCUGGAUAUAUAUUGUCGGAGUGAUAUAAUGGCUUUGGCAAAGGACAGGGCAUAUACACAUAUCAAUCUUGAUGAAAUGACCGUUCAACAGGCUUUACAGUUAGGCCACGAUGUGUGUAAUCCCUACGAGCCUAGAAGUCAAAGAUGUCAAAUGUGUUUACGUUCUGAUUCACUGCAUAAAGUGAUCGAGCGUUUGGCAAAUCCAGGUGUGAGGAGGAUUGUUAUUGUAGAAGCUGGCAGUAAGCGUUUAGAAGGCAUCGUCUCAUUGAGCGACAUAUUCAAGUUCUUUCUCAGUUAAUUGUUUGGAUUGAUGAUGGAGUAAAAGGGUAUGUGCAGAGUACUAUAUCAAAUAUUUAAUUUAGGCCGCCAUCGCCUCAAUGAUAUUUAUGUUUUGAUAUGUUCCCAUUUUGUUGUAAUACAGUUAGAUUGGCCUCUUUUCUUUGGUGCCUCAUUUUAUAAUUUUAGGCUAGAGAAAGAGGCCUGUAAAUUCUGAGUAUUUAUUGCCCUAAAUUUAUUCAUCUUCCCAUUUGUAUUGUA